GAGAAUAAAAAGUAAUGUAGUAAAUCGGCUCAAACUGCUGGAAAUGCUGGAAGUUGAUGUACGGAGGCAGUCAGCUGAUCGAUAGACUGGGCGGAUGUCAUGUGUCACCUUCUGUCACUUUUUAUUUUUAAAAUCUAUCAAAACAAUUGAUUUGCCCUUAAAUGAAAGUAGGACAAAUUGAACAAUAAAAAUGUAUAAACUUGCCUAAACCUCCCUUUUGCAAAAAUGAAUUUGCAUCAAAUAGUAAGCGGUGCUUGUAAUGCGGGAGACAAAUGUUUUGCCGUGGGGUCGGUGGAAGGGGUGCCGUUUACUGCCUAUGCAGCUGGCUGUAACAUAGUCAUAUUGGCAUCCACUUUCGAGAGGGUUCAGAUUAUUCCUGGCGCAAUCCACGAUUACAUUCGAAUUAGUUCAAUUGACUGUUCUAGUGACACUGGAAAAAUCGCAGCAUCUUAUGAUGAUGUAGUUUGCAUUUAUGAGCCGACGCCACUGAUCCAUAACAACUCAACACAUAAAAUUCGUAAGAAGUUGAAAUACAAGGGUUUAGACUAUAGGUGGGUGCAAACGGGCACGCUGAAAACUGACUCGCCUAUUCGGGCUUUGAGCUGGAAUUUGGAAGGCACUCGUCUUCUUACAGCUGGGGCUCAUGUACAGCUUUGGCAUUUGAAGUCUCAAAACACCGAUGAAGAACAACCUCCUGUGACUUUCACUCUGGGAGGAGGACAUCAAGAUAACAAUGAAGACGGAGAUAGUCACGAUAUCCCAGAUAAACCACAAGAACAAGAACAAUCAUUAUGGCAUUGUGUUUGGAAAGCUAAUACCGCCAUUCCUGUCCAGCAUCUUGCUUUCAGCCCUGACGGUACUCUCUUUGCUACUUGUGGCGAAAAUGAUAGGCUUGUUAAAAUUUGGUAUGAAAACAGACACGUACUGUUUACAUCAAAAAGCGCGGAGAAGCCACUUGACUUGGAGUAUGGUUUUGUUUAUAUUGCCCAUCCCAGAGCUGUAACCCAUUUAUCUUGGAGAACAACUAGUAAAUAUAUGCCCAAAGGUUCAGUUUCGAACAUGUUGGUCACUUCGUGCCAAGAUAAUAUUUGCCGUUUGUGGGUAGAGACAGUAUUACCAGAAGACGGGUUGGUCAACUUGUCGCAACUCGAUCCUCAAGCUCAUCAUCCGAAGUUCAGAACACACAGGCACAAACACCGAUUUAUGCAACGACUGAAACACAUGAAAACUUGUUUCCACAUAAGACGAAAUGCCAAACACCAUCCCCAUGGUACGGGUGGACCUUCGCCUCCAAUACCCACCUUGCCAUCCACUUACAGUGUACAUGAUUUUCACUCUUAUGGCUACCAUGGCACAGGAAUAACUCCUGGAUUGCAUUUCCAUUUAGCAGCGUCUGUCAACGCUGAAACCGAUAUACCCUUGGUACCCAGUAUCACUUAUUGCAACCCACGACCGGCAUUUGUACUUCAUUGGUUGGAUAACAAGGAAAUGCAGUUUAGUUUACAAGCUGAAUUGUUUUUGGAGGAGUUUGCAAAACCUGUUGUCGACAAUCCCGAUUCGGAAGAGUCAUCUGAGGAACCGUUAAUGGAUUCUGGCGUGGCGGAUGGUGUUGAUGCGCGCAUAGAGAGUUUCCUAAGAGAUUGGCAUCACAACCCGGAUUUAAUAAUACCAGUAAUUACCGACGACAAAAACGAAGCCGUGCCAAUAGUCUUUCUAGUAACAAAACAUGAUAAUGGAACGCUGAAUCUGUGGCAGAUUACGUUCGCUGACAAAAGCAAGUUCAGUCAAGUCUUGAGCAUCGGACACAAAAGCAGAGCUUCCGGUCAUAGAUUCAGAGUCAACGACAUAACGUGUCAUCCAGUUUUACCGUUACUUCUGACAACCAGCCACCAUAAUAUUGUCGAUCAGAAAUCACACGUCCGUAAUGGAUUCUGUAGCGAACUGAUACUCUGGAAAGUGGACGCGGUAGGCCCUCUAUCGAAGUCCGGGGGAAUAUGCGAACUGGCUCGGAUCAGCAGCCCUGAACCUUCGGCUUUCAGCAACGUUGCCUGGAUCCCGACUCUGCUUCCCUCUAGCACCCUCGGCAAUCUUUCGAACUCGCCCAGCGCUUGUUUCGUGGCUUCGGACGGACAGUGUCUUAGGGUCUACCAGGCGGUCAUCGACGCGAGGACGCUUCUGGCCGAUCUCUCGUUCAAAGAUAACAGGAACCACGAAGAGUACGAAAGUGUUUCGGAUUUGUCUUCUUUCAAUCAGGAGAGCAUGUUGGAGAACAUCAACAUCGUGUCUCAGCAGAGCACGUCGAGGCCGGGGUGUAUAAUACAGCUUGAGACAAUUUCGGAAGCGAUCCAAUGGCAAAAUACUACUUUCUUGCAUGUCUACCAGGAGCAGUUGAUAACUGGUGAGUUUAGUGGAAUCAACAUGAAUAUAUGAUCCUUUUCUC